GACAGAAGGUAACAUCUGUCUCUGUGUAAACCUAGGACAGUAGUUAACAUCUGUCUCUGUGUAAACCUAGGACAGUAGUUAACAUCUGUCUCUGUGUAAACCUUGGACAACAGGUAACACCUGUCUCUGUGUAAACCUAGGACAAUAGGUAACAUCUGUCUCUGUGUGAACCUAGGACACCAGGUAACGACUGUUGCCUUGGUAUUCUCCUGUGUUGUGCCUUUGUUGCUCCUAGUCAGGGUGUUACACUGUAAACUGUCCUCAGUGAUCUGGUCAAGGUGUUACACUGUAAACUGUCCUCAGGGAGCUGGUGAAGGGUUGAACUGUUCCUCAGCAACCUAGUAACAUGUUUAGCUUGUUCACUGGGGGUCAAAGACUUGCCAGUGUUCGAAACCACAGUUCACUGGAAAUGUGUACGGAAGGUAAAGUCUAAUAUCACAACCAAACAUUUUUUGUGUCAUUUGGAUUUGCCCUGAAUCAAACCUUUUGACUUUUCUUUGUUUUUAUCCCUAAGGGAUUUGGCAUGCAACAAACAAAAAAAUCUCUCUUCCCAAAAUAUUACCUUUGUUUGCCUCAGUGGGUCGUUGUUUUUACCCAGUUUUCCUUGCACGUCCUCUGCCCAUUAUUGCCACAUUUUUCCAAAGGAAUUAGACUGGAAGCUUUUCUGAAAUGGAUAAACAUGUGUGUUCUCUGUCAAGCAGGGGUGUUGAGUGUGACACUUGAACCAAGAGGAGAGAACUAAAGCCAACCCGUUUGGAAAAAACAAGGACACAGCACCUCCGGUCUCAGGAUUGGACAGGAUUUGACCUCUGAAAUAACCUUUGAGCUCUGAGUUUUCAUAGUCAUCGACGGGUGUAUGCCCUGUGUGCCUGUUACCCCUCCCCUCUUUCCCCACAACCGGCCAAUAGGAUUCUGCUCCUCCUACACAUUCACUUUGACUCUAUAAUAGGUGUUGUAUAGAAUUAAUAUUGGUAUCAUAUGUAUAGGAUGAUACACAAACAUAGGUACACAGAAAGUACACACAAUUGUACAUGCCUUGGCGUUCUAGUCAAGUAAUUUCAUUCUCUCUCCUUUUAUUUAUUGUCUUUCUCCCUCUCUUUCCCUCACUCCCUCUGUUAUAGAGAAUUCUCCCAUGCAGUUGUAGUGGAGAGUAAGUCUCGUUAUUGUUGUAUACAUUUUUACAACACUGAGUGAAUACGAUGUAGUUGAUCUGGUCAGUAGUCAGUCUGUGCAGUGUGUUCUGUACUGAAUUGACAAUGCCUUUAGGAGAAACACAGAGACUCUCAGGAAUAGGAUAUCCUGUUAAAAAAGCAGUCACCUGAGAGAGCCACAAACAUAUUUCAAAUGUCUCUAAAAGUCUGCUUUUGUUGUGCCAAGAACUCACCACUGACAUUUGAGGACAUUUGUGUCUUGGAAAAGAUACUUGGAUUUGAGGGGAAACUGCUGGUCACAGUCUCCCACUUGUGAGAGAAACUGAGUGAGUAUUAUUUACACAGUGCAUGGCUACUGUAGCUCAUAAAUGUAUUCCAAGGCCCUGUAGCAAAGGAAACAUAGAUAUAAAAGGGUGGAGGAACAUAUUCUGACUGAUAGGAAGUGAAUGUAUUGGAAUUGUGUACCAUUAUCUGAGUCAAUAGUCUAAGGAGUUCCUCCUCUGUUUCAAUCUGCCUUGUGUAUUUUCCAUGACCAAACCACUGGGAAAUGAAGAUUAUGGAACGUAAGAAACAGCAUGCUAUUCUUUUCUCUGCUGGUUGCAUGUUAGAUAUGUGUUAGAAACAUGGACACCGUUUGAUUGUACUGUACUGUGGAUCUACCCCUGGACUCUGUAUUGUCAUAUUGCACUUUAGUGAAUGUGGGGAGUAUAUAUCCUCCUUACUACUACCCCAUUGUAUCCCCAGCUCUCAUCCCUUCAAGCUUCUCAGUUCCUGUAGCCUGCUCAAUGUGUUUCCCUCGUGCUGUUUCAAACUGUCAGCAAAACUCCCGCUCCCUCGUAAGAUGACCACAGACUAUGGGUCCCUCCUGUUGAUACCCUGGACACGUGUGUAACCUCCCUGUUCAGCCCAAAGGAGUGUAAGUACUACAGGGACUAUACAGUAUUACUGCGAGACUGUCUAUCUGCUGCUGUGGAAUACGUUUCUGAAACAACACUGCCUGUUGACCAGAGGAGUACAUACAGCAACAACUUGACCACUGAGCUUCCUUCGGGAGAAUGGAAGGAAGACUGUGAACCAGGACACUGUAGAGCUGUGAGUAACAUUGACUGUUAAUAAAAAGUUAGUGGAACAAUGAUCCGGGAAGUGAGGGAAGUCAUCUACUGCAGGAUACAGUUUUUCCUCAUGGAUCUACCUUUACCACAUCAGAUGGAUUACUUUUCACCAUAGAAACAGUGGAACUGGAAAGAAGAACAGAACACCAGGUUCUUAUCAAUAUCUAGGUGGUCAUAAACUCACAAAGCACAUAGGAGUUGAGACUACAGCGUCAUCAGCGUAAGACAUUGUAUUUAGCACCAUGGGAGCGGCGCGUGUUAAGCGACGUUUCAGUGCAGUGGUUGACGGGCUGGUAGACGAGGAGGAAGUCAUUAAGCUGGCUCUGAGUGUUGCUGACACGGCCAGGGUGGGGGGCAGCACGGGAGGCUCAGGGAGCCCCACCAGCCCCUCUCCCACACACAACCGAAAUGGCAAAGCACUCUCCCUGCAGGGCAACGGCAGCAAUGCACGGAGGCCCAGCGGAGCCCUGGAGGCAGGAGGAGGGGAAGGAUCGAUGAAAGGAGGAGGGCGCUCAGGACUGAGGGGCGGGAGGGGCGGAAGUCUGGGGAGAAGGGGAGAAGGCUGUUCGUCCUCGGACCGAGAUUCAACACUGUCGUCCCCUUCCUCCUCAAGCCGCCGGCCCACCCGGCGCUCUAGCCGCCGGCCCCGCCACCGCUUUGUGGGCAAGGACGGGCGCUGCAACGUCACCUUCGUCAACAUGAGCGAGAGGGGCCAGCGUUACCUCAGCGACCUCUUCACCACCUGCGUGGACAUCCGCUGGCGUUGGAUGCUAGUCAUCUUCUGCCUCUCCUUCCUCCUCUCCUGGCUGCUCUUUGGCUUCGUCUUCUGGCUCAUUGCCGCCGCGCACGGGGACUUCGCCAUCCGCCUCAACCCCAGCUCGGGUGCCUCUUCCGGGGGAGGAGAUGAGUCCGGGGCAGGGGCGGUGGUGGAAGUGGAGGAAACGUGUUUCGUUCAGGUGAACAGCUUUAUGGCGGCCUUCCUGUUCUCCCUGGAGACGCAGACGUCCAUCGGUUACGGCUUCCGCAGCGUGACUGAGUCCUGCCCCCUGGCGGUGAUGGCGGUCGUCUUGCAGUGCAUUGUGGGCUGCAUCAUUGACGCCUUCAUCAUCGGAGCGGUCAUGGCGAAGAUCGCUAAGCCCAAGAAGCGUAACGAGACGCUGUUGUUCUCUGACACGGCAGUGGUGGCGCUGAGAGACGGGAAACUCUGCAUGAUGUGGAGGGUGGGGAACCUACGCAAGAGCCACCUGGUAGAGGCACACGUACGUGCACAGCUAUUAAAGCCGAGGGUGACCCCAGAGGGAGAGUUCCUCCCGCUGGACAACGAGGACAUCAACGUGGGAUUCGACACGGGAACCGACCGCAUCUUCCUGGUUUCCCCGGUAACCAUCGUCCACGAGAUCAACGAUGAGUCGCCGUUUUUCGAGAUGGACCGUCGGACGCUGGAGGGCGACUCGGAGCUGGAGGUGGUGGUCAUUCUGGAGGGUAUGGUGGAGGCCACAGCCAUGACCACACAGUGUCGCAGCUCCUACCUCGCCUCCGAGAUCCUCUGGGGUCACCGCUUCGAACCUGUGCUCUUCCAGAGGAAGAACUGUUACCAGGUGGACUACUCGUUCUUCCACCGGACCUAUGAGAUUCCCAGCACACCCUCUUGCAGCGCUAAAGAGUUGGCCGAGCAGAAGUACAUCCAGGGCUCACGCUCCUCAUUCUGCUACGAGAACGAAGUAGCCCUGCAGCUCGUCUCCCCUGACAAUGACCCUGAGGGCAACCCUGGCGGCCGCUCCUCCCCCCUGACCCACCGAUCCUCCCUCUCACAACCCACCCACACUAACUAGGGAGGCGACAGGCAGAGGGGACAGGAAGUGACCUGGGAUCCACAGGAAGUCAGGGACAGACAGAGGGAGAGAGAGGCAGAAAGAGAGACAGGCUUCAUAGUGAAAGAGACCAAAGUAGAGAAAGGUAAGUACACGAUUUAGGGAAAAGGACAACAUUGAGAGACUGAAGUUGAGAGAGGUAUAGAAAGAGAAACAGAAGACACGACAAAGAUGCCGAGAGACAAACGGAGAGAGAGAGAUACUGUAUACUGUCAAACAGAGAGAGAAAAGGACAUACAGAUAGGACAGAAAAGGAAAGAGAGGGAUAGAAAGAGAGAAAGAGAGAGAGAAUUGUCAUUGAAAGGGGUAGAUGGGCUGCUGCUACUCUGACUGUGUUGGCUGAUUUGGACAUAGCGAUCUUUCAGAAUCAUUAUGAACCCGUCUGUCUCAGACCCGUCCCGUCAACCAACCGCUACAUUCACCACUGGCUCCAGCACCUAACUGACCACACAUACAACACUGACCCCUAUUGGCUUCAGUCUGUAACUGCAGCUCCUGUUCAGUUACAACUCACACUGGUCACAUGGGAGUAAGGGGAAGCUACCCCUUAGACACUGAGCUAUGACCAGUUUAGUGUUUCUGCCCCCUAAUGGUGAAGGUUAAGUUUUCGAGAGGCUAAGCUAAUCCUAGAUCUGUGCCUACGGGUAACUUCUACCCCAAACCUGUGGAUGUUGAAUACUGUCUGACAGAAUGAGGUAAAACGGUGUAUAUCUACACAUUGAGGGAUGUUUGUUGAAUGACAAGGCAUUAUUGAUAUGUUUUGGAUUCUGGUCAUCUAUGUUCUGUCAAGGUUUGAGCAGGUCUGUUGUGUUAGACUGAUAUGUAACAAAAUGGAUACAGAGAAACAGCUGAAAAUAAGCAGCGGUUUUAAGCUGUUUCUUUGACUUGUACUGUAUGUUGUUAUUCUGUAUAUAUAAUGCAAGACUAUUCUAUAUUUACUUUAUUUAAUCCAACAUGUUGCAUGUUCAACUGGGUGCAGUGUCAGCACAAAACCAUAUGAGUGCAUAGUCUGGUAACAUGUUAUUUAAAGGUCUACUUCUAAACGUAUGAUUCAUUGUUUAAUAUGGUUAACUAUGGUUAACAAACAAAGGUUUAUAAGUACUUUGUAAGCAGAACUUUGAUUAAAAUGUUACCUUAUGUUAUUUUUAAAUUCUACAGUACCCAGCUGAAGGGACAAUCUUGUGUUAAUGUUUACCUCUGUCUUGAAUAUGAGAUUCUGUCACCUGAGAUGCUGUGUUCCUCAAACAUUUAACUUUGUAAUAUUUUCCUUAGUAUUUUCUUUAUUUAGUUAAUUUGCUGAAUACUGUAUAUUUGGUAGAAUUUUAAGUGGGAAAUGUGGGAUGUUUACGGUAGACUCAGCGAUAUAAAAUAGAUGCAGAAAGUAAACAGCAUAGUGGGUCAAUUUCCACAACAACUAAGAGCAUUGAAGUGUGAGGCUCAACUUCUCCUCUGUUUAAAUAAAUAGUGAGGUAUUCCAUACCGGUAAAACAUGAGCCUAUCACAAUAAUGAAAACAAAAUGUUGCCGAGGCUGAGAUGAAUAGCUGACACCGAGACGCGCACGGACAGCAGUGGACGCAUAAAUUCUGGCCUAAUGACAAUCACCAAAAUGUCAUUACACUUUGCGGUGUUUUGUGUAACAGAUGUCUCUUUCCAUUUACCACUGUUUGGAGGCUGGACAUAUGUUGAGAGUGGAUGAACAUGUAAAGGAGCCCUUUGAAGUGAAUGUUUGACAAACAUCAUGGCUGGUGGUUUAUGCCACAGUAGAAGGUAAUACAUUUUAAAAGUUAAAUAACAAAUCUUUAGUACUAGGGCCACAGAGAUCCUAAUGAAUUAAUAGAGAUUCUAUAUGUAAUGAAUGAAUAGGGAUUCUAUAUGGAAUUCUGUGAUCAUGUGAACAUAGGAGGUCCCAUACUGGGAAGAAAUGACAUCUACUUUCACCCGUGUGUGUGUGACUGUGAUAGUGAAUUCUUGCAUCUCGCCCAUCUCAAUAACUGCAGUGCUGCUCGUGGCAACGUCAUUUAGCUGAGUUUACCUUUAAGGUGACAUUGUUGGAAGUGUACAGGCCUUGGCAGAGCACCCUAAGCUGGGACUGUAAAUGGACCGUAAACCUGUUGGACUGUCAUGACCAAUGGAAGCAUGUACUGAGGACCUGAAACGUACAACUGUCACUUCACUGCAGUACAUUAACGUAAGGAAAACCUCCCGGACCCCUCCCUACAUCUUCCUGUUCUAACUGUAAACUGUGAGGGCUCACAACUGCAUUGACAAACCACCUGAGGAGGAAUUGCAUUUCUGUGACAUUCUGUUCUCUGAGAGAGGUUCUGUUCAAAGAAUUAGAAUGGAUGACUAAUCCUGAAUUAUAUGGUUCUGCUUUGGUCUGUCUCACACUAUGUGGGAGACUAAUGCAUUGGGUGGUGCAUUCAUAAAGAAGUCUAUGGUGUUAUUCUAUAACUAGCACAUGAUUUGCAAUGUUCAAAUGAGAUGUUUCUAUUGCCUGUCUAUUUUGUUGAUUUGUGUAACUCUUCUGAAAGUGAUGGUUUCUGAAAUAUGUAUACUGAUGUUAUUGAGCGAUGAAGAGUUCUAACUUCUAUGCCGUUACUAUCACAAUAUUUAGUCACACUUUACAUUAAGUUAAACUGCCAUGUGUGGUAUUACAUAAUAACUAAGUAAUUAUUUCAAAUAGAAUCUAUUCAGUUUACUUUUGCAGUAUUACAAUUCAAAAUCAUUGGGUUAUGCACCUUACCAGCAGUUACCAUGCACAAUAUAUCAUGAAUCUACAUGAUAUAACUUCAUGUAAAGUGUUGACCAAUUGUUUUGACCACUAGAUGAUACAACAGAGCUGUAUUGUUCUACCUACUACAAGGACGGCAACUCUGAAACUUUUACUUGCAUCUUUGCACAGAAGUAAGUUGACACUAUGGAUGAACUCAAAGGCAAAUAUCACAUACGUACAUACAAAGCACUGUAAAAGCACACAAACUGCUAUUGAAAUGGCAUUUUAAGACGUCACAUACUGUAUAUAGAAAGCAGCACUUCACACACACUUACCUUUUGAACAGGAAACAUGGAUAUUUCACCUUUUAAAGCAGAUUCCAUGAUAAGAUUUACAACCAUAUUGAUCGGUUAUAGUUGGUGUUAUUGACAUUUAUUCAACUUCCGUGUCUUUCCUUAUUUUCCUAUGUCUCCAUGGUUACCAAGUUCUAUUUAUAGGUGAAUGGCCGGUCCCGUCUGCUCCACUUCCUGUGGGGGGUAACUUGAACCCUGACCACCAGGACUCUGACCUCUGUGUUAGCCUUUUUUUUUUAUUAUGCAUCCCACACAACAACAACAUAGCCAGAUGGAUUACUUGAUGACUUCCUGGUUGGUUGCUUUAUUAGAUUCCAGAAUAAAAUGUUGAUAUUGCAGGUCAAGGUAUGUUGGGAUGUAGGUUAGUGGAAUCGGGUUGUUACUAGCUGUGCUCUAUUAUUUGUUCCUACAGAUACCACUGUAUACGUUCCCAUCCUUCUCUGUUGUAUCACAAAAAAUAAUCAUUUCACUACUGUUUGUGGCAGAAAGCACUUCCAUGUAAAAAAGAAUGGCACUAUAGAGCAAAUAAAACACAUUGAUUGAUAUGA